AUGGCUGCAACUGCUUUCGUCUCUGGUGCUACUGGAUUUAUCGCUCAACACAUUGUUAAACAAUUACUUGAGAAAGGAUACAAUGUUGUUGGUUCGGUAAGAUCUGAAUCUAAAGGAGAAAACUUAAAGAAGAACUUUGGUUCAAACUUCUCUUAUGAGAUCGUUGAAGAUUUGGAAACGGUCGGUGCAUUUGACAGAGCUUUGAAGAGACACCCAGAAGUGACUGUGUUCCUCCACACAGCUUCCCCUGUUGCGUUCCAAGCUGAGGAUAAUGAAAAGGAUAUAAUCUUACCUGCUAUUAAUGGUACAGUCAACGUAUUGAAGGCAAUCAAGUCAUCAGCUCCACAAGUAAAGAAGGUUAUCAUUACUUCUUCUGUUGUUACACAAAUUGAUGGGGAUGAACUCAAUUCGGCUGCUUCAGAAGACACAUGGAAUAGUAUUUCAUACGAGCGUGCUAAGCAAGAUGGUCGUGCUGCUUAUGUUGGCUCAAAGACCUUUGCUGAGAAGGCAGGAAUUGAAUUUGUUGAGAAAGAGAAGCCUAACUUUACUGUAUCAACUGUUCACCCUGUGAUUGUUUUUGGGCCUCAAGCAUUUGAUCUGGAAGCUAAGGGAGAAUUAAACAUCACCAAUACAUUCAUUAGUGGAUUGUUAAAUUUGAAAGCAAGCGAAGGAGCUGAGCUCCCACCAUCAGAUGGUCCUUUUGUUGAUGUCAGAGAUGUUGCUGCUGCUCAUUUGAUUGAAAUUGAAAAACCUUCCAAUGGAUUGAGAGUUCUCACUUACAGUGAAGGGUUUACCAAUCAAAAGCUUUUGAACAUAUUGAACAAGAAUUUUCCAGAAUUGGAUCUUAUCAAAGGAUCACCAACUGAGAAUUUAGUGGGGGGUGAUAAGAUCCGUGACGCUAAAUCUAGAGAAUAUUUGGGAUUGAACUAUAUUAGUUUAGAGAAAACUGUUGUUGAUACCAUCAAGCAAUUCCUUGAAGCAAAUAAAUAG